UGCCUGAGCGAGCAGCAGCCCUCUACUGCUGUGUUUCUGCACAAUUCAUCUCAUGUGAUGAGCUUGCUUUCGGCCCUGUCAUAAGAAAACUACAUUUGGCGCCCGAACAUGGACCUGAAGGUAUGCUUCCGAAAACAUAUUAAUUCCUCAGGAUGGGGAGGCGCUUGCCAAGACUGUUCUUGAACCUGGACAAUAUAUGCAGUUUAAGACUUGGUGGAAAGAAGAAGGCACCUCCAUUGACCUGGGGGCAAAUGAAAAAGUUUACAGGCACUGCUGAAAAUCUUGUUAUUUCACAGGGUAAACACCUCACUAGCACCAAUCUUUUUGUGGCUAUGUUGGCAGUGCUGUCUGCACAGGUAAUAAGCAUAUCAGCCAAUGAGGUAAAUUGUACUAACCAUACAUAUUGGACUUAUAUUCCUAACCCUCCUCUUAAUUUGGGGGUUACCUGGUGGGAUGCCCCAAUUCUUGUAUAUGUAAAUGAGUCUGGAUGGUUGCCUGGUCCUUUUGAUGAUAGAGGCCCUUUGAAGCCGGAAGAAGAAGGAAGGAUAACAGAGAAUUACACGGUGGGUGUUAGUGGACCUCCUAUUUGUAUGGGAAAGGGAGAUCAUUGCCUUAAAAUGAAUUAUCAGGCAUGGUUAAGUGUUGUCAAAAAUGAAAGCAGAUAUCAUGGGUUAUAUCUUUUGAGUGCUUAUAGUUUUGAGAAUUCUAAUUCCACUCUUUAUGAGAAUGUUUCCACACCCUAUUUGCCUCCAUGCCAUGUGCCUCUUGUACAUCGAUUAUCAGUUUGGGUCCAUUGGACUCGAUGACAAGGAGAAAUGGCUCGGGUUCUUUUUAAUACUUCUGGGGGAAGCAUCAUUGAUUGGAGCCCUUUUGACUCUGCCCGAGGAAGAAGGGGUCUGAAGAAUUUACACUGGCAUAGAGAGAAUAACACCAUUUAUAGCAAUACUAUUAAUGAUACCAUAGUAUGGCAUGCUAGAGGGUUUUCUCCUCCUGGUCCUCAUUUAAAUGGAUAUCCUAUACAAAAGGAUUUGUGGAAGCUUAUGGCAGCUUUGGAAAAGAUUAAUGCUUGGGUAGGACAUAUGGAUAACAAAUCUGGAAAUCAUAGUUUGACUUUUCAUAAAAAUGUUACUCGGUAUACUCGUAGUUGUGUAAAAUUACCUUAUAUAUUGUUAAAGGGACCAGCUGAAUGGAAUAAGACUCUAGGUAUUAUAAUAUGUAAAAAUUGCUCUCUGUAUACCUGUAUUAACUCUAGUAUAUCUUUUAACAUAUCUACUAAAAGUCUGUGUAUCUUACGAGUUCGGACAGGUUUUUGGCUUCCUGUCAAUCUUGGAAGGGAAUGGCAAGAAUCUCUUCCUAUGGCUGUUUUGCAAUAUUUAGCUGAUGCAUUAAAAAGAAGUAAAAGAUUCAUAGGAAUGUUGAUUGCAGCUGUCAUGGGUAUUAUAGCCAUAACAGCUACUGCUGCAGUAGCUGGAGUUGCUUUAGAACAAUCCAUUCAGACCGUUGAUUAUAUAACUGAUUGGCAUAAAAAUUCUGAAAUGCUUUGGUCCUCUCAACGACAAAUUGAUUCGGAAAUACAUUCGGAAAUAGCAGACUUACAACAAGCUGUGGUUAUGUUGGGGGACCAACUUGUGAAUUUGCAAAGACAAAUGAAGCUACGUUGUGAUUGGAAUCAAAGUGCCUUUUGUGUCACUUCGGUUCCAUAUAAUCAGUCUGCAUUCCCCUGGGCAAAAAUAAAAAAACAUUUAUUACAUCACAAAAAUCUGACAGAAGAAAUUGUGAAUUUACAAGGGGAAAUUCAACAAACUUUUCAAAAGAAAUUACAACGACUUAAUUUGCAAGAAGUAUGGACUGGAAUUAUUCAAGGAUUUAAUAAUUUAAAUCCUAUGUCUAAAUUACAUGCUUUAUUUGGUUCUACCGCAGGAUUGUUAAUGAUCAUUAUAAUAAUAAUCAUAUGUUUAAUUGUAGUCUGA